AUGAUACGAAAACAAUCUUUAUCAUAUAAAAACAAUCUUUAUGUUGCUCCUUCUUCCAAGGUUUUUGGUAGAGGAGAACUUGUUCUUACCUAUUCUAAGAUUGCUCUUAGGUACUUCAGCAAGGGUUUUUGGUUAGACUUUAUUGCCGCAUUGCCUCUUCCUCAGGUGUUGAUUUGGAUUAUUAUACCAACACUUAGGGGUUCAACAAUGGCAAAUACCAAAAAUGUCCUUCGUUUUUUCAUCAUUUUUCAAUAUAUUCCAAGGCUGUAUUUGAUUUUUCCACUUUCAUCACAAAUUGUAAAAGCUACAGGGGUUGUGACAGAAACAGCAUGGGCAGGUGCUGCUUACAACCUCAUGCUUUACAUGUUGGCCAGCCAUAUUUUAGGAGCUUGCUGGUACCUUCUUUCAAUCGAGCGUCAAGAAGCAUGUUGGAAAAGUGUGUGCAAUAUGGAGAAAUCAAAUUGCCAAUAUGGAUUCUUCAAUUGUCACAGUAUUAAAGAUGCUCCAAGAGUAGCUUGGUUUAUAGCUAGUAAUGUCACAAAUUUAUGUUCACCAAAUGCCGGCUUUUAUCCGUUUGGUAUAUAUGCUGAUGCCAUGACUUCCAAAGUUACAUCAUCACCUGUUGUGAAUCCGUCUCGUGACGGAUUCUUCAACUCAUGUAGAAUCGGUCCAGGCGAUUUCUGUGGUGAAGAGCUCUUAACAUGGGCCUUAGAUCCAAGACCAAGUGUGAUACUCCCUUCCUCAACAAGAACAGUUAAAGCUUUCUCAGAAGUAGAAGCUUUUGCACUCAUAGCUGAAGAUCUUAAGUUUGUUGCAUCUCAAUUUAGAAGACUACAUAGUAAACAACUUAGGCAUAAAUUCAGAUUUUAUUCACACCAAUGGAGAACUUGGGCUGCUUGUUUUAUUCAAGCUGCAUGGAGAAGGCACAAGAAAAGGAAAGAAGCUGCUGAAUUGAGGGCUAAGGAGAGUCUUGUGGCAGCUUCAGAGGCUGAAAAUGAAAUAGCAAAAAAAUAUGGUAAAGGUUUUGUUGUUUAUGGAACAAGGGUGGCAAGGAGUACUAGGAAAGGUGUUAAUAUGCAUUCUGGGACAAAUUCUGGAGUAGUUAGCUCUUUGCAGAAACCAACAGAACCUGAUUUUUCUGAUGAAUAAUAAUGAAUGUAUAUUGUUACAUUAGUCUUUUAAUUGUGUAAUUUGUUUGUUUUGGA